UUGUUAUCUGUAACAGCCAGUGCUUGGAGAUAUGGCAGUCUGCUAUCUGUUUAUGGUUUUAGAUUUCACUGUAAUAUGUGGUCAAUAUGUGAUAGAGUGCUGUGACUUAAGAAACGUUUUAGGAUUUAUUCUACAAUUUGGGUAAUAGUUCGAUCCGCGUAAGACUCCUAAGAAACCAGUGGGACGACCAUGGCGAAGUUGAUCGGGAAAUGGAAGCUUGAAACUCAAGAUGACAACUGGGACGAGUACAUGAAAGCCGUCGGUGUGGGUUUUGCCACUCGUCAGAUCGGCAAGCGCACGAGUAGCUGGGAGGAGAUCAAACAGAACGGCGAGGACUGGACCCUCAACAUCACCUCCACAUUCAAGAACGUCUACCUCCAGUUUAAACUGGGCGAGGAGUUCGAAGAAACCACCAUGGACGGACGAAACGUACAGUCAGUUUUCAAUGAGGAGGACGGCAAACUCGUGCACUACCAGAAGUCCACAACUGUUGGACAACCCGACUCCGUGGUUAUCAGAGAACGGGUGGACGAUCACACUAUGACAGUGACUUUUGAAGCAAUCGGGAAGAGUAUAAAAUCAGUUCGAAAAUUCGUCAGACUGCCUGCCUAAUAGCAUUGCUUAUUUAAUAGCAUAUGGAUAUCACGUAUUUAUAAUAUCAUAACGUAGCAAUUACUGUACACAAACCCCACUUGGAUCAUUAAUUAGAUUUUCAACCAUCACAUGAUAACUCCACCACUUUCUUCAAGACAUCAUCGUAACCGUCGAGUCACACAGUUACACAAAAUUUUAAAACUGCCAUGAAAAACUUCAACAUGCAUACGUCAGCAUCAAACGAUAUCAAGCAAAAUCACCGAAUGCAUUUAUAAUAUCACACUAUAUCACAUCAUAGCAUCAUAGCAUACACUAUCACAUAUUGCAAUUGCAUUAUACACAAUACCAUGGUGUUACAUAGCACAAUAUCACACAUUAUCGCACUUACAAUCACAUUGCAUAAGUUGUUAGUAAUCACGUCGAUAUGACCGUUGUAUGCGGUCGGAAAUAACGUUUGACUUAAUAUAUUGCGCUUACCCACUUGUGGCAAAAACGUAAAAUAAACAAUAAUAUUUUAA